AUGGAAUAUGAAUUAAACGGAGCUAACGCUCUGAUAUUAAAAAAAAUACUCAUUUUAUUCAGACACAUUUCAUUGGACUUGCAAAUAAUUGCAAGUAGGAAUGGUUUGAAUUUAUACGCACUGAACCCAUCAAAUUCAGUAUGGUUACACAUUCAACUAGGAAAGGGGUUUUUUGAAAAAAUACAAAUCAAACCACAAAAUACAACACACUAUGAUACAUCUUCUAAUAUUCGACACUGGUUUGUGUCAACAAAGCACCUGUGCCAGUCAUUAUCAAUAAUUAUACCGCCUGGACAGAAAAAUUCGGCAUUUGGGUCAGUUCUUGUAAGAGAUGCUAACACGAACGAGAACCUGAAGAACUCGUUCGGCCUGGACAGGCUUAUAAUAAGAGAAUUUAGCAACACCUCUGACUACUUGUCCCUAAUAUUUGUGUGUUCGAACAAAAACAUAGUGAGGUCAGCAACGAUAAGCUACCAGGAAUACAAAUUGAGCGUGCCUGAUGAUCUGGGAUGGUCAAACUGGCACUACCUGAGGAUAUCGCCAUCAGUGUUUUACAAGUCAAUCAACCCAUUCAGCUCACAAUACAACGAUUUGUCAAUUACAUAUAACGAUGCGAAGGAAGACCUACUGCUUAAUGUGAUAAAUAACACGUCGAAGCUAUCAGGAAGUAAAAACAAAAAGAAAAUGGUUUCGGGGAAAAUACUCAUUAACAGCAGGCACUUUCAUAAGCUGGACCUAGAUGAUGACUUGACGUACCCAACGGACAUAACAAUAGCGAUGAAGGAGUUCCUAUCGUUGGUCUCGUUCUGCGAGUCAAUUAAGUGUCCAAUGUCAUUGGUGCUGAGGAAGGCAGGGGACCCAGUGAUAGCACUGUUCGGGGGUUCAGUGGACGCAUGUGAAUCAGUGACGACAAACUUGAACAUCCACAGCAUUGUAUACAACGGAUGCAAGGAGCCGAGUGUGGACACGUCAAAUUCUCCAAUAUCAAGUGAAAUACUGUCACUGAGUGGUUCACUGUGGAUAAGCUCAUUCAAGGUAAGUGCGAAUGAACAAAAAAAUGACACUCAGGGGGAGCACAAGGACAAUGGAUUGGAUGAAGAGGAGGUUCUCGAAAAAGUAAUUGAUGAAGUGGCUCCAUUCGAUUCAACAGAAGAUAAGACGCAAAUGCCAGAAAGAACGACGAGAUACACAGACUACGAAUUAGAUUUAAUAUAUAAGGUGUUAUUGAAAGAUUUUAAAACGGAUGAAAAACAAAGCCUUACACAGUUUGUUCAACCAGAUUAUCCGAUGAACAACGGGAAUAGUCAGUUUAAAACAAGUUACUUUGUAAACAGAAGUAGAAAUGAUAAAAUUAAAUAUAUUAAUGGAAUGAACAUGUCUAAGGUAAAUUCUAUUGAAGAAAAUGAGGAUGGACCUUAUGAUGGAAAAGAGUCUAUGGCAAGUAGUAAAGUAGAAGAGGAAGAGGAAGAGAAAAGGAAUGAAGUAGAUUUAUUGGUGAAUGAGCCUAAGAGUAAAUUUUAUAUAGACAAGAGUAUAAUAUAUACAAUCCCACAAGAAGAUUAUGUUGUGAUUGGAGAGAUACUGACGACAUACGGGUUGAAGGGGCACGUAAAGGUAAAGUCAUACACUCCGCGCCCAGAAGUAAGACUAUGUGAGCCAGGAUAUAGGUAUCUGAAAAUACCGUACAACGAAGAAAAGGUAAUACCAAUUAAGCUGGAAAGAGGAAGGAAUUCAGGAUCGAAGGACGUGUAUAUAGUAAAAUUUGAAGGAUUUGACACAGUGGAGCAGUCGCAAAGGCUGUCAAACACAUACCUAACAGUGCCACUGGCAGAAAUGCCGCCACUAGAAGAAGAUGCAUACUACUCUAGAGACCUGAUAGGACUUUACCUGUACCUGUACAACGACAUAAAAAAAACGAAACUGGGAAAAAUAGUAGGAUUUGUGCACCAUUCAGACUUAGCAUUGAAAAAGAAAUUUGAAGAGGUGUGCGACGAUUUAAUAGAAGUACAGAUGGACAUGAAGCUAUCAUUGCAAACGCUGAUAGAAGUAACGAACGCAGCUAAAGAGAAUAGAGAAAAUGAGGAACAACAAAGGCACCAAGAUGAAGGAGGAAAAGGGUGUAAGAGCGGUUAUAACAAGGGGCCAACAAUAGUAACAGAGAGAGAAUUGGAAGACGCAGAUGAGAUAGUGGACAUGUACGAAGAGUUUAAGACACCGAACUUCAAGUCGAUAGCGUACGUAAAGUACUACGAGUGCUCAACGUGCCACAGGGAGUUCACAAAUCACACACAAGCACUGUUACAUGAAAAGGAGCACGAAUCUAAAAGUAAGAAUGUAGGAGGUGUUGAAAAGGAAGAAGUUAUAGCCGAAAGGGGAGAAAGAGAAGAGUCCGAGAUAGAGGAGUCAGAGGAAUCUGAAAAGAAGUUGAAAGUAAUAUCGAUAGAAGAAAUCAUAGAUAAGGAAAUAAAGAAGCCUCAGAGAAGAUUCUACGUGCCAUUAGUAAGAAAUGAAACAGUAACGUACAUAGAUGUGGAAAACAAGAGCGUAUACGUGGACCCGUAUACAAUAUUUAUAGGAGAGGACCCAUACUAUAAGUAG